AUGUAAGCUGGCAUUCCAGCCCUCGACCCCCCACCCACAUCUCCCCCGUUGUCCCACAGUGGGUCGAGAGUAGACAGGGCGAGAGAGGAGACUCGGUCUGGAUCAAACUGCCCAGGGUGACCCUCUCUACCUUCCCUCACAACUUCCAGAACUCGUCUGCAGGAAACGGCAUCAUGUCGCGCUUCAGCACGCUCUCAUCUGGCGAGAGGAAGAUGCAGGCGGCCGCCAUUUGCCGUGAAGUCCACGGUGGUGCCAAUGGUGAUACGAUGGAUCUGGGUAAGAAGCUCUCCACCCCUAAAGACAUCAUGCUGGAGGAGCUGUCACUGCUCUCCAACCGAGGAUCCCGCCUCUUCAAGAUGCGCCAGCGCCGCUCCGAGAAGUACACCUUCGAAAGUAUUCAGAAUGAAGCUAACGCAAUUCUGAACAGUGAAGACCAGACUGGAGCUGAAAAUGCAGAAAAUAAAUCCAAAACCCCUCCAAACACGCCUGACCCCCGAAACCCCGCCAACCCUGAGGAGAUUGCACCAGGUUACGGCGGCCCCUUAAAGGACGUUCCACCUGAGAGGUUCAACGCCACAGCCCUGCCCAAAUCCUACCACUCGCCCUGGGAGGAGGCCAUCAUCAACGACCCUGAUCUGGCUGAAACACUGAAGCUCAGGAUGCCCGUUCCUGAACCCCGGCUGGAGAUGCCCGAUUACAAGAGCUUUAACAGGGUGGCCACACCAUUCGGAGGAUUUGAGAAAGCCCCUCGAGGAAUCACCUUCAAGCUCCCGGAGGUCGACCUGAACCCACAGAGAUACCCUGAGCUUCAGGACCCUGCAGCCAAGCGGCCCACCUUCAACAGGACCGCCCAGGGCUGGAUCUCCGACGGCCUGCCCCUCAUCCUGCCCACCAUCCCCGUGGAGCCCCCCGAGAUCCCCGAGUCUGAUGACCUGUAACUGUGAACACUGCGUCCGUAUGUUCUGGGGUAGAGGGUCUUUUUUAAAGGUGGUCCCCCACGGCUGAUCCAAAACCAGUUUAAUAUUCCCUCAUGUUAAGUAAACAAGACUGGGAUACGGAAACUGGUUUUGGAACGUAGCCAAAGACAUCCUCUACAAAGAGCUUGAGUCUUGAUUGGUUGGCUCAGUGAUUUAAUGGCUGAUUGGUCCAACAUGAUCUGACAGCAACAAGCUGGUGAACCAGUUCCUUAAUCUUUAAAGCGUAAUCUAUUAGCAAGUUAGCAACUUAGCUUCAACUUAGUACAAACACUGUGCUAAAGAAAGUUUUAGGUGAAGAAUUAGAGUACCAUGAUUGUUCUCUUAUCAAAUAAUUAGAUUAAUAAUGUAACCAGUAUUUUGUUUAUUCAGAUUUAAUUUAAUAAAAUUGUUUAAAAAUGUAUCUAAAUCAAAAGUCAGGUAAAUUUUAUAUAUUUUAAUAAUACAAAAUGCAGAUUUAAAUAGUUACAAAUAAUUAUUUUAAAUAGUUUACAAUAAAAGUGGGAAAUUAAUAUUAGUAAUGAUUUUUAUUUAAUCUAAAUCAAUGAAAUCACCAACCACAGGUCUAGUGCCUCUGCUGGCUGGUUGCAGUAUGAUGUUUAGCUCUGCCCAUCCCCAUUUGUUUUAAUGACAAACAGCUCAAACAGCAGCUAUUUUUCAUAAAAUUUUUAUUUUCUAAACUUUCUUUCCAUCCCCAGAUUUUCAGCAAUUCCAACAGUUGGAACAGUUUUC